UUGUCAAGUCUUGACAACUUGCGAGCAGUAGAAAACCAGACACGAAAUACAGUUAACGCUUUGGGAUUUACGGUGAAAUCUGUAUUUUUCCAAUCAUUUGCAAGCAGAACGACUAAUGUUAUUUGUGCAAAUCAGUUUGACUAAAAUGCAGAUUUUGUGCUAUGCUUACAUUUUGUUGAUCAAGAACCCGUGUCGAAAACAAUGUUAAAGUAAAACGAACGCUUUGUGUUUACCCAGAACUGCUUCUUGGCACCCGACAGCUGAUUGUUGUGUCCAGAAUUUUAUCGAUAAACAAUUGCAAACGGUACGGCAUAAUCCGAUCGUCGUCGCCCACGACAGAGGAGUGCCGCAGGAGUAAAAUUGUCAAUGCCAGUUUCAAGACCCCGGUGGAGAAUCAUGAGUACUAGUUAUCCGAAGGCACCCCUUGGAAUCCGGCUUGUUACCGCCCUCAGCGGAAAGCUUUGUUCCCGAUGGCAGGCUAAUCGAUUGGUUUGGUUCAAAUGUUCGGUGCUCACGUUAACUUACCUGGCGUACAUGUGCUACCACAUGACGCGAAAGCCAAUCUCGGUCGUCAAGUCGGUUCUGCACCGUAAUUGCACCGGUGUCCGGUUACCGCCGGAAUUUAUCCACAAUAUGGGUGAGCCACCGAACGACAGUACUUGGUGUGAUUAUCCGCCCUUCGAUGGACCGGACUCGGCGGCCCUGCUAGGCUCACUGGACUCCUCGUUUCUGUUUAGCUACGCCAUCGCAAUGUUCUUCUCCGGGUUCAUUGCGGAACGCGUUUCACUGCGAUACUUUCUAUCGCUGGGUAUGUUGUUCUCCGGCAUCUUUUGCUACUUGUUCGGGGUGGCCAAAGUGUACGACAUCCAUUCGAUGUCGUACUUUGUGUUCGUCCAGGCAAUGGCCGGAAUAUUCCAAACGACAGGAUGGCCCGGUGUUGUUACCAUCGUAGGUCGCUGGUUUGGCAAAUCGAAGCGUGGGCUAAUAUUCGGAAUCUGGAAUAGUCACACGUCAAUAGGAAAUAUUUUGGGAUCCUUGAUUGCGGCAAACUAUGUCGAAACCGAUUGGUCAAUGUCGUUCAUUGUACCGGGUUUUUUGAUGGGGGUUUUCGGUUUUGCAAUGUUCCUGUUUUUGGUUGAUCGACCUGAAAUUGUUGAUUGCCAGGAAAAAGUCGGCGAUAGGAGUGGUGGCUAUAAGAGGCUGGAAGACGGACGGGCGAUAGAAUCUGGAGGAAAUUCAGACAAUGAAGAAUCGGUGGGAACCAGCAGCGAACAGGAAAAUCCUUCGUUAAGAAGUUUACACGGCAGUUUUUAUUCUAACGUUGAUACAAAUGAACGGACACCAAUCAUAGGCAGUAUUAAUCGUGCUCCCGUACAGGAGGAUGCAAUAGGUUUUGCAGGAGCACUUAAAAUUCCGGGUGUAAUCGAGUUCUCUCUAAGUCUGUUUUUCUCCAAGCUAGUCAGUUAUACAUUUUUAUAUUGGCUUCCACUAUACAUUCAAUCUUCCACUACUUUGGGUGCUGAGCUGAGUGCUGAUUUAUCUACGUUGUUUGAUAUUGGCGGUAUCGUUGGAGCUAUAGCGGCCGGCUUGAUCUCAGAUUCUACCGGGAUGUCUGCAACUACCUGCUCGGGAAUGCUGUUCUUGGCCGCACCGACGUUGCUAGUUUAUCAAAAGCUUGGCGCGGUCUCGUUGUCUUUUAACAUUUGCCUGCUAUUUCUGGCUGGGGUGCUCGUGAACGGCCCUUACGCUCUUAUCACUACUUCCGUCAGUGCUGAACUAGGUCAGCACAGUUCUUUAAAUGGAAACUCUAAAGCACUAGCGACUGUUACCGCCAUCAUCGAUGGAACUGGUUCAAUAGGAGCGGCUGUUGGGCCCCUUUUCGCCGGCCUGGUGUCAUCGUCCGGGUGGCAAAACGUUUUCUACAUGCUCAUUGUGUCGGACAUUCUGGCACUGCUACUGCUUUUGCGACUGGUCGUAAAGGAGCUAACUCGCCGUUCACGGCGGCGGAACGUCCGUAUUGAGUAAGUACCUACUAAAAAAAAGCUGUGAACGGUUGCGUGAGGUCGCGUCGUACGUUUGGCUGUCCACUUAGGCGUUUAGUUAUUUUCAAAUAUUUUGAAACACACUAACUAAAUAAUAUAGGUUGCAAAGUUUUGGUUGCAACAAAGGCCUAUUAAGUAUGUAAUUUUUUAUAUUCGAUUAAAUCUUUUUAUUACGACUUGCAUAAAUAAA